CCUCUUCCUCCUCCUCCUUCUCAUCCUUCUUCUUCUGGUGAGUCUUAUUCCCAGACCUUCUCCAAAGGGCCAAAGAGGGGCUGAGGCCCAAAACACCUGGAGGGAGGGCCAAAGUUGGCUCAGGCCUGUUUCCCUCACAGAAGAAAUGUGAUUUUUGGCUGAAAUUUUUGGAGUAGAGCCUGUUCAGGGAUUUCUUUCCCUUGAGAAAAGAGGGAGGAGAAGCAUCUUGGAUACUGGACCUGAAGCAGGCAGGGCCCCCGGGAGCAGUGGGGAAUCCUAGGAAAGAACUAUGCAGACGUUCCUGAAUGCACACAUACAGCGACUGCACUUCAGGCAGUCCUCCUACCAAGAGGGCGAGGGGCCCAGAGAGACUUGCAGCCGCCUCCACAAUCUCUGCUGCCAGUGGCUGAAGCCAGAGCAACACACCAAGGCGGAGAUGCUGGACCUGGUGAUCCUGGAGCAGUUCCUGAGCCUCCUGCCCCCAGAGAUGGGGAGCUGGGUCCGAGAGUGUGGGGCAGAGACCUGUUCCCAGGCCGUGGCCCUGGCGGAAGGCUUCCUCCUGAGUCGGGCAGAGGACAAGAGGCAGGAAGGACAGAACCACAAAGUGCCGUCUAAUGUCCCUGCAUCAGAAAAACCUCCCUCAGACACCACCCAGAGUCUCAGGCAGAAGGAACUGAAGCAGGAAGGAGAUGGAGCUGCAGCCUUGCAGGGUAAGAAGGAACUCUUCUGGGAGUUUUGGUGUUUUAUGCCAGUGUAAAUU